CUCUAUCACCAUUGGUUCAAAACUCUGCAGUAACCAGGGGAACUGCAAACAGUGUAGAGGCCGCUUCCGGUUCGAGCACCCGGAACCGCCGCCUCUAGGGAUGGACGGUCAAACUCUGCGAAAGGCUGAGAGAAGCCGGUCCUGCUCACGGGAGAAAAAGGAGGGUUACACUAAGGACAUGGUGACAGACUUUGAUGAGAAACAUGAUGAGUAUUUAAUAUUGCUUCAGCAGAGGAACCGGAUAUUAAAGCAUUUGAAAACCAAGGACCCCAUGCAAUUGAGACUGGAACACUUGGAGCAGGGUUUCUCUGUCUAUGUCAACGGGGCCAAUUCUGACCUGAAGACAUCACCACGGAAAGCCGUUCACGCUGACUUCUCCAGAAGUGCCUCACAUGCCGAGGGGACACGUGAUUACGGACGAAGAACCCUGCUUCGAGAAGCAGAAGAAGCCUUAAGACGCAAUUCGCGGACAGCCCCCAGCAAAGUUCAGCGCCGAGGAUGGCACCAGAAAUCUGUGCAGAUCAGAACAGAAGCUGGCUCACGGCUCCAUAUUGAACCUCCUUUGGACUAUUCUGAAGAUUUUGAGCUAUGUGGGGACGAGACAAUCAAGGCAAAGGAUGCUUCUGAGGAUGAUGCACAGGAUACCAAGUCUCCCCCCAGCGCCACGCCCUGUGAUUUUAAUUUCUCUCUCCUGAACGCACAUGGACAUUCUGACCCUCCGAGCAACACGGACAAAGAAAGGAUCCUCUUAACUAUUCAGGAUGUCAUGGAGCUGAGAAAAAGCCUUGAACUUAGUGUAAAUCUACAGAGGAAGCAAAAGGAUUGCUCCAGUGAUGAGUAUGACUCCAUCGAAGAAGAUGUGCUCUCUGAGCCUGAGCCCGAGGACCAGGUACUGGUGGACCAACCCAGAGAUGAGCCCUCUCCUUCCAGUGGGAAUUCAGUGCAAAAGGAUGUUCCCAAGGACCUGGAGACAGAAAGACGCUCUCGCCAUGGCCCAGACACACUUGUGGUACUAGAAUUUAACCCAGCUUCUAAAAGUAAUAAAAGAGAAAGGAAUUUGUCUGCAAAGCGGAAGGACAAUGCUGAGGUCUUCAUUCCCAGCAAAUCUGAGCCAAACCUGAAUCCCCAGCCCCCUGCUGUGUUCCCGGACCAGGAGAGGACUUGCUCCAGACCUGGAAGCCGGCGAGAGAGACCCUUGUCUGCAACCCGCAAAACUGUUUGUGAGGCUGAGGACCGAAAAGAAGAGGCCUCUGCUGUGUUCCGAGCCAUCCAGGUGGAGAACGAGGCCCUGCAGAACAUGAUCCUGAGCAGGAAGGCCGAGCCACCUGCCAGCCCUCUGCAGGAUGCAGAGGGACCCCCAGUAACAUCAUGGACCGGUCUGCGGAAGGAGAAGGAAGAGACGCUUGAGCUGCUUCCCAUCACCACGGCGACCACCACUCCAGAGCAGUUCAGGGCAGCAGGGGGAGACAAAGCCAUCGACCAAGCCAUUGACAGAAUCGGCCUUUUGGGAAGCAGACAACAGCAUAAGCUUCUGAAAGUCCUCCAGGCCAUUGAAAGUGACACUGCGCACUUCAGCGGGGUUGUUUCACCAACCGAGGACCAAGUACUGGACGUAGAGGACAAACAGACAAUGAAAGCGGAAGAGAUCAAAGAUGCUGUCUACGUGACCAUGGAAAUCCUGUCCAACUGGGGCAACCCACUGUGGGUGGGUCUCACAGAAGUUGAGUUCUUUGACCUAAAUGACACAAAGCUUUAUGUAUCACCCCAUGACGUGGAUAUCCGGAACACAGACACGCCCGGGCACCUAGGCUGCCUUGUCAACAGGAACUUAGCUGUCAAGAAAGAGCCUUCCUUGUGGACCUGUCCCUUCCACCCACCACUCCAGCUCUUUUUUGUUAUCCGCAACACAAGGCAGCUGUGUGACUUCAAUCUGGCCAAGAUCAAGGUUUGGAAUUACUGGACAACUGAUGGUGAUCUCGACAUUGGUGCCAAGAACGUGAAGCUUUAUGUCAACAAAAGCCUCAUCUUCGAUGGCAAGUUAGACAAAGGGGGCGGGGAGGCUCCGGCUGACCAGAGCAUCCCUGUCAGCCCAAAGAAAGAGGAGGGUGAGAGAAACGAGAACGCCGUGCAUGCUGGCUCGGAGGAAAGUAAAGAUGCCCCCAAGAUGCCUGGCACAGAUGGGGACAAGGAGCUCAGUCUCAGUCGCUCGCAGCCAGCUGAAGAAUUAGUGGAUAUGAAGCCUUCUUCACAAGGAAAUUUAUCUGGUGAUAGCAUGAAAGACAGUGUGUCCAAGUUAGAAGAAGAUUUAAGAUGGCCAGCGGCCUCUGCCUUGAAGGGUGACAUGCUUGGUGCCCCUGCCGCCUCCCCACCUGUGAACUGCCCUCCUCUUGACGAGGAGUCCUCUCUGAUCCAACAACUGGAAAAUCUCACAGGCAGAAAAAUCUCUGAGCCUCCUGCGAAAGCCCCAUCCUGGUUACAACCUUCUCCCACAGGGAAAGGCAGGAAGCAGGAAGAUGGGAAACCAAGACCCCUGUGGCUUAGUCCUCAGAAGCCCCUGGACUGGAAAGGCAGGCUUUUGUCAGACAGUGUCAUUGGCGAGGGUCCCAGAGAGAACGAAGCCGGGGAUAAAGGCCCCCAGUGUGAGCAAGGGCGGGUGACCAGCUGGAAUGUCAUUGCUGGUGAGAGACCCCACAGGGAAACCCCCAAAGUCUGCAGCGAUGACUUAGACAUCUUUACCAAGCCCCCGACCAGGGAGCGCCCUGCGAGUGGGAGGAGGAGCAUGAAGAAGGAUACUGUCAGCAGUAGUCAUGGUGACGACUGGCCAGCUAGCAGAGAAGACAACUGGUCCUCAAGGACUCCGCCAUGGCUGAGGUGGCACAGCAAGCAGGAACACACGCUGCAUGAGUCCUGGAACUCCCUCAGUGCCUUUGACCGCUCCCACCGGGGUCGCAUCUCCAACAUGGAGUUCCAGGGGGACAUCCUGGAUGAGUUUCUGCAGCAGCAGAAGAGCAGCCGGCACAGCAACCAGCUGCCUCCCUGCAAGCAGGAGAAAACAGAGCCGUUAAAAGGGCAGGAUGGCUGCUCUGGAGACACAGAUGACGGCAGUGACUUUAAAAUCCCCGUGUUGCCUUAUGGACAGCACUUGGUCAUCGACAUUCAUUCUACGUGGGGAGACAGACACUAUGUUGGCCUCAAUGGAAUAGAAAUAUUCAGCUCCAAAGGGGAGCCGGUGCAAAUUACAAACAUUAAGGCAGACCCCCCUGACAUCAAUAUCUUACCAGCUAAUGAGAAGGACCCCCGAGUGGUCACCAACCUCAUUGAUGGGGUGAACAGGACCCAAGAUGACAUGCACGUCUGGCUGGCCCCCUUCACGCCAGGCAGGUCCUAUUCCAUCUCUAUCCACUUCAGGCACCCUUGCCACGUCGCCCUGAUCAGGAUUUGGAACUACAAUAAGUCUCGGAUACAUUCCUUCCGCGGUGUGAAGGACGUCACAAUGCUGUUAGACGCCCAGUGCAUCUUUGAAGGAGAAAUCGCUAAGGCCACGGGAACCCUGACGGGAGCCCCAGAGCACUUUGGAGACACGAUCUUAUUCACCACUGAUGAUGACAUUCUUGAAGCCAUAUUCUGUUCUGAUGAGAUGUUUGAUGUCGAUGUGGAGAGCUUGGGCAGCCUGCAAUACGAGGAGGAGCUGAGGAGACCUAGCACAGCUGACGGCGAGAGAGACGAGCAGCCCUUCACCCAGGCCGGCCUGGGGGCCAGUGACCCGGUCCUAGAGCUAGAGCUGCCACCCAACUCCUCUGUCCCUGCAGUCGCCACGCCAGAGCCAGGCAUCUACCAUGGGAUCUGCCUUCAGCUGAAUUUCACUGCCUCCUGGGGGGACCUCCACUAUCUGGGGCUCACUGGCCUGGAAGUGGUGGGCAAGGAUGGCCAGGCACUGCCCAUCCAGCUGCACCAGAUCGCCGCCUCCCCCAGAGACUUAAAUGAGCUCCCUGAGUACACCGAUGACUCCCGGACCCUGGACAAGUUAAUCGAUGGGGCCAAUAUCACCAUGGAGGAUGAGCACAUGUGGCUGAUCCCCUUCUCGCUGGGGCUGGACCACGUGCUCACCGUCCGCUUCGACAGAGCCGAGAGCAUUGCAGGCCUGCGCUUCUGGAACUACAAUAAAUCUCCCGAGGAUACCUAUCGAGGGGCCAAAAUCGUCCACGUCUCUCUGGACGGCUUGUGUGUCUCCCCUCCAGAGGGCUUUCUGAUCCGGAAGGGGCCAGGCAACUGUCAUUUUGAUUUUGCUCAAGAAAUCCUCUUCAUGGACUACCUACAGGCUCGACUGCUGCCCCAGCCGGCCAGGAGGCUCAGCACAAAAAGCCUGGAGCGGGCAAGUAUGGACUACGAGGCACCGCUGAUGCCCUGUGGCUUCAUUUUCCAGUUUCAGCUUCUGACCAGCUGGGGCGACCCCUAUUACAUCGGUCUCACUGGCCUGGAACUGUAUGAUGAACGGGGAGAAAAAAUCCCCUUGUCGGAAAACAAUAUCGCCGCCUUCCCCGACAGCGUGAACUCCCUGGAGGGCAUGAGUGGGGAUGUCCGCACCCCAGACAAACUCAUCGACCAAGUGAAUGACACCAGCGAUGGCAGGCACAUGUGGCUGGCCCCCAUCCUGCCAGGCCUGGUGAACCGGGUUUAUGUGAUUUUUGAUCUGCCUACCACUGUGUCAAUGAUCAAACUGUGGAAUUACGCGAAAACACCCCAUCGAGGGGUGAAGGAGUUUGGCUUGCUGGUGGACGACUUACUCGUGUACAACGGGAUCUUAGCCAUGGUGAGCCACCUGGUGGGGGGCAUCCUGCCCACAUGUGAGCCCACGGUGCCCUACCACACCAUCCUCUUCACCGAGGACACAGACAUCUGUCACCAAGAGAAACACACCAUCAUCAGUAACCAGGUCGAGGAUCAGGAUGUUCAGAUGAUGAAUGAAAACCAAAUCAUUACCAACUCGAAAAGGAAGCCGAGUGUCGCUGACCCAGCCUUACGCCCCAAAACCUGCUUAAGCGAGAAGGAGAUGGUGAGACGAUGGCGGUGCUGACUGGCAGAGGAGGGAGAGAUGGCCCUCCCAGCCAGGGCAGGGCUAUGUCACCAGCCCCACUCAGCACCUGUGUCCCCCACCCUCAGUCCCAGGGGCUGGAAGAGAACCACAGCAGCACGGGGAUUCCCCUGGGGAGAGGGCACUGAAGGGUGACCACCCUGGAAACUACAGGAGUGAGAGACAACGAGGAUGGGGCUGCAGCAGUCCCCUGCGGCUCUGGCCUGGUUGCAGGUAGCUGGGACAUGUCGCCUCAUGCUUCUCCUACAAGAUCCAACAAAGCAGGGGGCAUGACUCAGGCCUGGGCUGAUCCUGACUCAGGCCAGGAACAUGGGGUGGGCUGAGGAGGCCACCUGUCCAGCCUCCUCAGGGCCCAGAGCAUAGCUAAGCAGGGAGACCAGGCCUCAGAGCUAACCCCAACACACAGGGGGUGUGCCAGGGAGACUCUGCCUUAAGAGGCCCCAGAGGAGGUGGCCAACCCCUCUGGCCUAUCUGGGAACUGGUGGAGCUGCUGAGAGCCUGGAGUUGCUUCCUGGACUGCUACAACCGCCUCCCCUGCCCCAGGUCCAGCUGAGGAGGAGCUGGUUCUGCAACAAUCUCUCUUAUCAAGGGACUGGCCAAGGGUGUGUGUCUGCUGAGGACAGGAAGUAACAUGGACCCACCCACUGUGCACCCUAGCAUGAGUUGGGCCCACUGUGGCAUGUCGGGGCACCAUCACUGUGCUACCAGGCCCAGAACCCAGAGAGCUAGAAGAACCCCCAAAUGCCCUCUGGAUACAGGCAUUGAGGGCAGGCCAAGGACACCGCCCCACCCAUCCCUUUUAUGUAGUAUGCUUGAACUUCGUGUGGAAGAAGGUGGCUCUCACUGCACCUUCACUGCCAAGUCCCUCCUGAUCUGAUCGGUGGCCUCACCUUCUGGCUUUCCUGCUUUCUGUCUAUGCCCCAAGCCCUUGGUGUUAGGCAGUGAGGUUCUUGUUGCCCAGGCCCCCACCCUUCUCCCUCUUCAUCUGCUUCCCAGCGAGUUGGAAAUGUGCCUUGUACCCCCAGCCGAGUGAAGCCCAGGACACAUCUAUUUCCAUCGAUGUAACAAGCUCGGAUCAGGGACCUAAUUGGUUUCCCAGUGGUGGGUAAUUUCUCGUUCCAAAUAUUAAUCCGUUGUUUUCCUGGCGCCUGGCCCAGCCCCGCUGCAGUACUGUACUCAAAGUACGUUCCUAUGCAACUGAGAGCCCCAGCAAAUACUUUAUGAGCUUUGCAGCCUCAGCUGGAGCAGCUAUGCAAAUGCGCUUUUCAUUUGGAGCACGGAGCUGAUGUGCAGAUAAGAAUUGUUUCUCUCUGAGAAGAUCCAUCAUUUCUGUAGCUUCCAAGCCCCCGGCACCUCUGCUCAGCUCCCAGAUGCGGCGAGCACCUCCCACCUGGGGGAGUCCGGGGCUGAUGGAACCAGCUAUCAUGACCAAAACCAGUGCCAUUGCUUUAGAGGGAGCCUCAUCUUCCCCUCCCUGCCCGAGGCGUGGGUACGGGUCAGAUUUGCCAGGGAGAUGGCACGAACACUACACACUCCCGCUCCCAGAAUUUCAGUCAACGUUUAUAAUAAUUGCAUGUACUGUGCAAUCUAGGAGGAGAAAAAGGAGCUGUACAGGCAUUAACUCUGAAAUAAAUUUCUAUUUUUUUCUCUUGUGAAAUCAAUAAAAGAUGUUACUAAGAA